GGCACUUUGAUAUAUUGUAACGACAUCUCCCAAGUGCUGUCAUCAAAAACGAUGGAAUGAGCUUCUUCCUUCUGACUACCGCAAGAAACCCGUCUCUUUCGAUCCCGUCUCCAUCACAAAGCCGGUAUUGAAUCCAGCCAAGCUUUCACCGUUCCUUUUGUGCAUAGACGUUGAAAGAAACUAUCACGUGCGCUCUGAACAAUGCGACUCCCAGGCUUCCUCUUCACCAAACCAAUUGCAAAUACUGGCUCUGUCGCAAGGGAUCAUCUUGCAAACGAGCGAACGUUUCUAUCCUGGACACGGAGUGGUCUUGCUUUUGUCGCUCUUGGUGUAGCACUAGCUAAACUCAACGCUCUCGAAGCGCUAUCCCCAGCACUCAAGCACGAUCAUGACGAUUUGGGAUUGCCAUCGGCGGCUUUGGUAGGAUCCGGAGGAGGCUGUUUAAGCUAUGGGACUAUGCGAUAUUUUUCAAGCUUAAGGUUGUUGCAAAAAGGGCUCUUCAGGCCAAAUAUCGCAGGGGUGGCGUUUGUGGCUGUUACAAGCGUAGCAGUUGCUGGGGGUGGCAUUGUUUUGGUUGUUCAGCAAGAGAAAAAGACGAUACGAGAACGUCUUGGGAGUGAGAAACGAUGAAGGAUAUUUAUAGGCAGAAGGGAAGCGUCAAUGAAACCGUCAAUGAAGGGUAGUUAUGAGACAACAAGAAAUCCUUUUGCAGAGCAAUCAUAUGAAAGUUUUGGCCCCCUCAGAUGUGCA